AUCAGCUGUGUUUACGUAAAGUCAAUACACUUUUAACGUUAAGUCAAUACACUUUUGUUAUAGUUUCCUUGUUGUGUAUAACCCGGGCACACUCACGAGGUCUGGCACACUGCAAAGACCGGUUUUCCCCGAGCAAUAAACUACCUCCAUGAAUAAACUGUGUACGUCGCAGUGAUGUUCAACUUCAAGCAAUGCAACUGCAAUUUUAUCCUUUGAAUAAUCCAUCCUCCACAGAAAUUGAUCUAGAUGCAAUACUAACAGAGAGACCUUCGCAUAAAGUGACAUCAUGAGUCAGAAACUCAACCAACUUCUCCUCUUGACGUGGAAGAACUACGUACUUCAGAAGAGGCACAUUGUCCGCACUAUAUUCGAGAUCGGCCUCCCGAUCUUAAUCUCCCUGCUGCUGAUAUGGGUCCGUACAAAGGUGGACUACGAAGACCACAAAAAACCCAAGUAUUAUGAUGAGUUCUCAAUCGACCGACUGCCGAAUAACCUCACUCGUGACAAGUCACCGUUUGCUCCUCCUAAGUGUGUCUGGCGAAUGGCGUACGCCCCCAACGGCAGCGCUGAGACCAGAGUCAUGAGCUUCUUGGUGCAUAACUUACAUUCUGGUGAUCACGUUACACUGGACACUGGAUUAGGUUUCAAGACAGAGAGCGAGAUGGUAGAGUUUCUCUCCAAAGACGACUCGUCUGGAAAGUCAGACUUCCUCGGCGGCGUCACGUUCCACAACCCCUUCCCAUCCUCUGAGGAUCUACCGACCAACAUCACCUACAGUAUCCGCCUGAAAGCCAGCCAGCGAAACUUCCCCAACAGUCAGUAUUCAAACCUGACAGGACAGUCCAGUCGUUGGUACACAGACAAGCUGUUCCCGCUCGUAGCCCUGCCCGGACCACGAGAGAAGGGGAAGAAUUGGGGAGGCGAUCCUGGAUACAUGAGGGAGGGAUUCCUACCUCUUCAGUAUGCCCUCGACCGAGCCCUACUCCAGUUCCGCAAUGUCAGCACCGACGGCUUCACGGUUGAUAUGCGUCGAUACCCGUACCCGCCGUACAUCAAUGAUUUCUUCAUCCUAGUGAUCCAGAUGCAGCUGCCGUUCCUUAUCCUGAUCAGUUUUGUCAUUACGGCCAUCAGCAUCACUAAGAAUGUAGUACUAGAGAAGGAAAGAAAACUCAAGGAAUCUAUGAAGAUCAUGGGCCUGAGCAAUUGGCUCCACUGGACAGCGUGGUAUCUGGAAUAUGCAGUGUUUCUUCUCAUCUCGGUUGCCUUCAUGACGUUCAUCUACAAGAUCCCAGUGGGUGAUCACGGAGCUGUCAUCAACAACAUGUCUGCCUCUGUGCUCUUUGUCUUCUUGUUGGUCUACUCACUGGCCUUCAUCGCUCAAUGUUUUGCCGUCAGUGUGCUUUUCUCAACAGCAAACACCGGAGCCGUUUUCAUGGGACUGAUUUGGUUCUUCUCUUACGUUCCAUACUUCUUCAUCAAUCCACGAUACGACGAGCUGUCUCGAGGACUCAAAAUGGCAUCCUGUCUGCUGACCAAUACAGGGAUGUCCAUGGGGGCUUAUCUCAUUGGCUUAUUUGAAGGAACAGGUGAGGGAGUCCAGUGGUCCAAUCUGAACCGUCCAGUAUCCAUCGAUGACAAUUUUACCUUCCUUGACAUCCUGCUGAUGUUCCUGGUGGACAUUGUCUUGUACCUUGUCUUCAUGUGGUAUGUGGAAGCAGUGUUUCCAGGCAGCUAUGGGGUACCAAGACGAUGGUACUUUCCAUUCCAGGUUUCCUACUGGUGUGGUCCCAGGGUAAGAGCAGAUACAAUGGAACCCAACCCUCCUUUACCAGCUAUUAGAAGGAAGCAAUCUCUCUCCUUCUUUGAAGCCGAGCCUCAAGGCCUACACGCUGGCAUCAAGAUACAAGGACUAACAAAGGUUUAUGGCAAGGAUAAAGUUGCCGUCAACGGCCUGACCCUCAACAUGUACGAGGGUCAGAUUACAGCUCUCCUCGGUCACAACGGGGCCGGUAAGACAUCUACACUCUCCAUGCUGACCGGAAUGUUUCCGCCGACUUCGGGGAAGGCGUUGGUCAAUAACUUUGACAUCCAGUCGGAGAUCGACGGAGUGAGGUUGAGCCUUGGCCUUUGCCCACAGCACGAUGUUCUGUUCGAUAGAAUGACGGUUGCGGAGCAUCUUUAUUUCUUUGCAAAGCUGAAAGGAUGUCCAUCAUCUGCAGUGAAGGAUGAGGUCAAUCAUUACAUUCAGGCCCUGGCCUUAGAAGACAAACGACACGUCCAAACGAGAUCACUCUCUGGGGGUAUGAAGCGCAAACUCUGUGUUGGCAUCGCUCUUAUCUACAACUCUAAGGUGGUGAUGUUAGAUGAGCCAACGUCUGGCAUGGACCCCUCAGCCCGGCGCUUCACUUGGGAUCUACUGCAGCGUCAUCGUAAUGGCCGUACCAUACUCCUGACCACUCACCAUAUGGAUGAGGCUGACCUACUGGGUGACCGCAUUGCCAUCAUGGCCAAUGGGGAACUGCAAUGUUUCGGCACUUCACUCUUUCUCAAGAAAAAAUAUGGUGUUGGCUAUCACAUGACCAUUGCCAAAGCAAAUUCUUGUGACGUGAGACGCGUGACCGAACUGAUUGCGCACCAUGUACCCGGUAUGCACAAGGAGAGCGACGUCGGCACGGAGCUGUCGUUUGUUCUCCCUGAGGAAUCGGUAGGUCAGUUUGAACAGCUCUUCACCGAUCUGGAGACGAAUCGAGACAGCUUAGGUAUCAACAGCUACGGUGCCUCAGUCACAACCAUGGAGGAGGUGUUCUUAAAGGUUGAUCAGGAAGAGCACCAUGAUCUCCACAACCUCUCCAGUGUCAACUCCAAUAACGCUGCGGCAGCAAACGGCAAAGAUCUCUCCUCUCAUGCAAAUGGAGAAGGUCUGCCCGGCGUGACGUUACUUGAUGUUGAGCAAGGAAGUUCAGAUACAGACUUGCUAGUCACUCUACCCAAGCGUAACACUGACAUCAUGUUGUACUUGCAGCAGUUCCGUGCUAUGUUUCAGAAGCGUAUGUACCACACCUGGAGGAACCUUCUAAUCAUGGCCGUCCAGCUUCUCAUCCCCCUCGCCAUGACCGCGGUCGCGCUGAUUGCCGCCAAGACCUUUCCCGCUCUCGGGGAGUCUCCUCCGCUAGCCGUGGACAUCUCCUCGUAUGGCCAUACCGACAUGCCUUACUUUGUCUCCAACGUUAACGAGUCGAUGCUGAAAGCUGUCGGGACGAGUUUUGAGGAGUAUGCUCGACAUCGAAAACAGAAGCCUGUAUAUGUGAAUAACGUUACUGAAUUCAAUAAGGAUCUGAUGGCGUACCUAAUUCACGAGGGCAGUAAGGAACUGGUGUCAUUCAACCGGAAGGAUCUCGCAGCUGCAUUACUCGCAUUCAAGGACCAACGUAUCUUCGGAACAGCAUUUUUCAACAAUCAGCCGUACCACGCCGCACCGGCCGCUCUCAGCGCGUUGGAUAACGCAUUCUUGAGGCAUUAUCUGAACACUAGCUAUACUGUGACAACCAUCAACCAUCCUCUACCGCGCACCGUCCACGAGAAGGCACAGGACGACUUAACGAACCAGUUCUACACUGGAUUCACCAUUGCCUUCAACAUGCUGUUCGGGAUGUCGUUCCUCGCAAGCAGCUUUGUGGUCUUCCUGGUUAAGGAGAACACCACCAAGGCCAAGCAUGUGCAGUUCGUGAGCGGCGUGCACUCUGUCAACUUCUGGUUGUCUACCUUCCUGUGGGAUCUCAUCAACUACACAGUGCCGUGCGUGCUCAUUGUUGUGUCCUUUGCCGCAUUUAACGUGGACGCCUAUGUCGGUGACGGCCGCUCCCUGAUGAUCUUCAUGCUUCUAAUGCUCCAUGGCUGGUCAAUUAUUCCCCUGAUGUACCUGUUCUCAUUCCUCUUUACCGUCCCCUCCACAGCCUUUGUCCGACUUACCAUGUUCAACAUCAUCUUUGGUAUCACAGCGUUUAUGAUUGUCAACAUCUUAGAAAUUCCUGAGUUGAACUUGAAGAAUGUCUCCGAUGUUCUUUCUUGGGUGUUCUCCUUCUCACCAUCCUACUGUCUCGGGAAAGCUCUCUCGGACUUCUACCAAAAUGCUGAGGUGCAGAAGAUCUGUAACUCCAAUCCUCUGAUUAAGUUCUUCUGUGAAAAUGAUCCAAGUCCAUUGUACAACUUUAAUGACAACUACCUUGGUGUGAAGGCCCCAGGUAUUGGCGUAGAGCUUCUGUUCCUGGCAGGGACUGGCUUGCUUUAUUUUAUUCUGGUCAUCCUCUCUGAGGAAGGUCUUCUCAGAUCACUCAGAUACUUUAUCAGGGACUUAUGCUGCAGCAAAUCCAAGAAUGACCACAACGCCUUGCUGCUGGAUAAUGUAUUGGAUGAGGAUGUUGCCGAAGAGAAAUCCCGCAUCCAAGACACCCCAGCCGAGCUCCUCUUCAGCAAGGAUACCCUCAUCUUGAGAGACCUUAGGAAGAUCUACUCCAGCCCGGGCAAGCCCUCGGUGGUGGCCGUUGAAGGCACGUCCCUUGGCAUCCCGGCCGGGGAGUGCUUUGGUCUCCUAGGGGUGAAUGGGGCAGGGAAGACCACCACAUUUAAGAUGCUCACUGGGGAUGAGGCGCUGACGGGUGGCGAUGCUUUUGUGGAUGGAUUUAACAUCAAAGAUGAUAUUCAACAGGUUCAGCAACGCAUCGGCUACUGUCCGCAGUUUGAUGCUCUUAUUGACCAGAUGACUGGACGUGAGACGCUUCGUCUGUACGCUCGUCUACGUGGCAUGAAGGAAGCCGUCAUUAAUAUUAAAGUUAAUGAACUCUUGUUGAUGUUUAACUUAACGGAGUAUGCAGACAAACUGACCAAGACUUACAGCGGAGGGAAUAAGCGUAAAUUGAGUACCACCAUUGCUCUGAUUGGUGACCCUCCGAUCGUCUUUCUUGAUGAGCCCUCUACUGGCAUGGAUCCAGUCACUAAGAGACUCCUAUGGAAGGCACUCUGCCAAGUUCGCAACGAGGGAAGAUGCAUCGUUCUUACAUCACACAGCAUGGAGGAAUGCGAAGCUCUGUGCACACGUCUUGCCAUCAUGGUCAACGGCCAGAUUAAGUGCCUUGGCAGUACCCAGCAUCUCAAGAGUCGGUUUGGUGAAGGAUUUACGGUCCUGGCAAAGGUUUCAUCCCUGGAAGGAGUACCAGAUAUGACCCAGCUUAAACUCUUCAUGGAGAAACAAUUCCCUGGCAGCAAAUUGAAAGAUGAGCAUCAAGGCAUGGUCCACUACCACAUCACCAACACACAGCUCACAUGGGCCCAGGUCUUUGGGACCAUGGAGCGGGCCAAGACUAGGUUCGAUAUCGAAGACUACUCCGUCAGCCAGACCACUCUUGAGCAGGUCUUUCUGAACUUUGCUCGCAUGCAGAGGGAAAUAGAGAAUGACAGUUAAUGCCAAAGAUUGAAUAUGUUGGGUUUUGUUGUAUCCAAACUGAUAAUUACACAGUUUGGUCCUACAGUCUUUCACUUACUUACAAAUAAAAUAAUUUUAUUGUAAACUUAAAAUUUCAUGAGUGCUUAUUUGAAAGCAAAGGUGAUCAUCCUGUCAGACAGCAAUUUCUUUUUUACCGGCACCUUGGAGACAACCAACUUUUUGGACGCUAGGUGGCAGCAGACUUACCCAGUAAAUCAAUUGAUCUUGGUUUUGUGAGCAUGCUCAGAACAACUUUAACGAUCCUGGUAAGCGUUGGCCACCUAAGCGUUCAAAAGUUUCCAAUUGCACUGCAUACAAAAGGUACACUUUGUUAGUACAGUCAAAAAUGUUUGUUUACUAUCUUACUACUGUAUUGUGUAGAUACUAACAUGUGAAUGUUUUUAUUUUCUUUGGAGAUUGACGGGAACUGGUUGUCUGUCCCCAUGUGACAUGGCUUUAAAAAGUGUUACAUGUUACUUAGAGGCAACACAACUACCAACACUGCAUGCAAAGAAGAACACUUUGGAAGUACAACAUACAUUUUUCUUCCACUAUUUUGAUCUGUUUGUUCUUUUUGGGUAUGGCCUAGAAAUGGUUGCCUGUAAAUUGCAUUGUGUGACAUGGCCCUUACUCCCACCCCUUAAAGUGAAUGGCAGAUGAUGAAACAUGCCUAGUUUAAUCUGGCACUUGUUUUUUGAAAUGACAUAUCCAAAAGAACAAAAUUUUUGGAUUUUGUUUUCAAGUACUUCUAAAGGGUUUGUACAACAUUGGUAAGAUCGAAAAAUAUAAAUGUUCUCAUAAUUUGCAUAUUUCAUUUGUUAUAUGAAGUGUGGAUAACAAUGUUUGUAUGCAUGUUUUAACCUGUACAAAUGUUUGACAAGAAAUGCCUUUAAAAAUUGUAUAAUUGCUCCCUGUUUAGAAGAAUCAUGUUGCACAUUCAGAAGGUCACAUUUUAUGAGUAAUCAAGAUCAGCUGUUACAGAUAUUUUUAAGGAAUAGAAUCUUAUUUCAGAUUUUCUCUACAAAGUUAUCUUUACACCAAAGAUUUAUUGUGUUUUAUAGAUUAAUUUUUAAAUUUGUCUAAUUAAGUAGACUUAACUCUUUUAGUCAAUGAUUUUUAAUUAUAUAGGUGUAUUCGAAGAGACGAUAGCAGGUAUGUUGACUCUCUUUUUCAAUUGGAGAUGGAAAUUUGUAAAUUUCUGACUUACAUAUUUUUGAAAUUAUAAUGCGUAGUAUUUAUGUGAUGCUAUUCUUAUUUUUUACAAAAAUUACUGAAAUGAUUGCCAUUUGGCUGCGGAUAUACAUAAUUUAAAGAUAGUGUAAUGAUGAUGAUGAUAAAUAUUAAAAACAACAAAUUUGAUG